ACCAUCAUUUUCAUCAUCAUCACCAUCAGCAGCUGAGGUCAUGUUCUCUCGUUCUCUCCUGCUAGUUCUGCUGGUUCUUGCCUGCAUUCAGUCCUUCACAAUGGCCCACAAUGCAAAUGCACCAGAUUCGUGCUGUUUCACAUUCCAUAUGAAUCGAAUCCCUGUAAAAGUUAUUGAAAAGUAUAAAGAAACUCGACGUGAAUGUCCAAAAGCUGGAGUCGUUUUUAUCCUAAAGAGCGGCCGUCAGGUGUGUGCAGACUCCGACGUCGAGUGGGUGCGGAAACACAUGAAUACAAUUGACCAGCGCCUUUUCGCAAGCCUGACCCAAAAUCAACCGAGUGCUUAAAUCCUCUCUCCAUUAAUAUAAAAUUAGUACAAAAUGUACUUUUUUAUGUAUCAUUUGCUGUAUUUGGACAUGAGGAAUAGCGCUUUUUAAAAAAUUAUGAAUCAUAUUCACUCAUAAACUCUUGCUUAAAGCAGUCUAGCAUUAUUUACCUCAAUUAAUCUACAGCUUGUGGGCAUGAAGUCAUUUUAUCUCAUAUAUCUAUUAAAGGACUUUUUACUUAUGCAUUA